AUGGCGGACAGUGCACCAGCAGCCAGCUCUCCAGCUGCGGGACAACGCCAACCAAGACUAAAGCCAGAAAUCUACAAGACAGUGGAUGGGAAAACUAUCGUGGAGGAUGAACUUCUACACUUUCUUGCUGUGAAAGUUAAAACUCUGAGUCUGGAUGAAAUCGUGUUACUGGCAGCAAACACUUUUGACUCCGACUGGAUUGAGGCCUCUAAGAAAGCGGUGUUUGAGCUCUGCCCAACAACACAGCGCAAUAUAGCACACAAAGGUGCCCAAAAAGACAUUAACAAUUUGAAAAGCUGCUUGAAAGUCCUUUAUGAAUGUGGGGAAAAUACCCCGCACUUUGUCUCCCACUACUUGGAGGACUUGCCACCGGUUACUUUUACUAGUCUGGAUGUUUGCGCUCUGUUAAGGAGAAUGGAGAGGCUUUAUGCUGACGUCAGCGCUAUGAAGGGCGCGCUACAGCUCCAGGUGGAUGUGUGCGCGGACCUUCGUGCUGUCACCGCGGACGUGGAUCGCCGGGUCUGCAGUCUGGAGCAAGUAUCACAAGAGGCUCAGUUCAGUGGACGGCUAAUUCCCGGUCCAGAUUUGAAGAUUCGAGGAGGAUGCCCGACGCAGGAUGCCCCGCUGGCCAUUGGGACUUCCGGGGUUGGAGCAGGUGCUUACGUCAGCGGGCCGGUCGGGAUUCCCCUCGGGAUCCCCCCCUCUCCUACGCAACACCUGCCUGUCCUUACUGCCAAGGAAAGCAACACUGAUGGAAUGCCUGCAUCUGAUAA